ACCCCAGUUUGGCUUUACCCGCCGCGCAUGUAAAGACUCGAAGACUCAAAAUUUACCACAACAAGUCAAUCCUCCUGUCCUCUACGGUUUCCCUUAACUCGUUAUAACAAUUAUUGUUGUAAUCAGCCUGUAGAGGUUAAAUAAUUGGUAAAAUGCCUAAGAGAAGGCGUCAAGCUCUUAUCCAUUCGGACAGCGGAGAGAGCUCUUCGGACAGCGGCAGUGACUUAGAAAAUGACAAACGAAAUAAGAGGAAAGUGACAAACUCCAGUUCUGAGGACAGCGGUAGUGAAGAUGAGACUGCCAAGAUGUCAGAACCUGAAGAGGGGGAGGUAUCAGACUCUUACCCCAGCGGUUCUGACUCGAGUCAGGCGUCGUUCAAUGAUGGCUACGACGACGAUCUCAUGGGAGACGCUGAGGAUCGAGCUCGUCUGGCCGAAAUGACUGAGAAGGAACGGGAGCAGGAGAUUUACAAACGAGUGGAGCAGCGAGAGGCCAUGAAGAAGAGAUUUGAAAUCGAGAAGAAGUUGCGUAUGGCGAGGAAGCAGGAGCAGCGAAAGAUGAAGGAGUUCAAGAAGAAGGAGAAGAGUCAGGACGAGAAAAAGUACGAGAGGGCGCCUGAUCCCAAGGAGCGCUCCAAGGAUCGUAAAAAGACUAUUGAGGAGAAGCAGGACAAGAAGUCAAAUGCAAUGGCUCUGUUGAAAGCUCGGAGGGAGGAGAGGAGGGAGCGUGAGGAGAAGGAGAAGGCGAGGAUUGAGCAGCAACAGGCUCAGUCGAAGGAUGACGAGGAGGAGCUCGAUGAUGAUCACAAGGGGGGCAGCAAGACAAAGCUCAAGGCUUCUGAUAUUUAUUCAGACGACAGUGGAUCGUCGGAUAGCGAGCCCGAAGAGGAGGCCCCCAAGGCAACUGCAGCUCGUCGAUCCUCAUCCAGUGACAGCCGAGACUCCGACUCCGAUGGAGACAAGAAGUCUGUCGCAUCCGCUAAAGUCAAGCCCAAGAAACCACUCUACGUCAACACAAAGGAUGAACUCAACAAGGUUCGAUUGUCCAGGCACAAAAUGGAGCAGUUUGUGCAUCUUCCUUUCUUCGAUAGAGUGGUAAUAGGCUGUUUCGUCAGGAUUGGCAUUGGAAAUAAUAACGGCAAGCCUGUCUAUAGAGUUGCUGAAAUCAGUGGUGUCUGCGAAACUGGAAAGAUCUAUCAGCUUGGCAACACUAGGACAAACAAGGGAUUGAAGCUCAGACAUGGAGCUCAGGAGAGAGUCUUCAGGCUUGAGUUCAUUUCUAAUCAGGAAUUUACUGAUUCCGAAUUCUUCAAGUGGAGGGAAACCUGUGCCCUCCAGGGAAUUUCUCUGCCAACUUCUGAUGAGAUUGAUAGCAAGUUAAAAGACAUCAAGGAGGCACUUGUCUACGAAUUCAAGGAGGAGGACAUCGAGAAGAUCGUGAAGGAGAAAGGCAGGUUCAAGUCGACUCCUUAUAAUUAUGCCAUGAAGAAGGCUCAACUCAUGAGGGAGAGGGAUGCUGCCAACUGCAGGGGCGAUGACACCACUGCUUCCAGACUCAAUCUCGAAUUGAGUGAGCUAGAGGAGAGGGCCUCGCAGCUUGACAAAAUGAGGACCGCCACUAUCUCCAGUAUUUCCUAUAUCAAUGAUAGGAAUAGGAAGAAAAAUGUCGAGGAGGCUGAGAAGGCCAUCAUGGAAGAAUUCAAGGCAAACAAGGGGAAAAAGAUCGAUGAUCCCUUUACCAGAAGAAGCACAAAACCCAGAAUGAAUUAUAAACCUGAGGAAGAAGAGGCUGCACCUAUGGUUGUGAGUGACAAGACUGUUGUCCCCGUUAAGGAUGCCGUUGUUAAUAAUAAGGAGAAUGGACGGGAGGCACCUAAGAAACCGACCAUUGAGGACCUUUUCAAUGCCCAUAAUUUCGAUAUUACGAUAGAUUUGGAAGUACCUGUUCCAAGCAAUCCUGUGAUGGUUCUCCCAAAACCCGUGAGUCGUAUCAAAGAUACUGGCCCUCGAAGAUCACUGAACCUCGAGGACUACAAGAAAAAACGUGGCCUCAUCUAACACUGCUCUCACCUCUAUAAUCAAGCACAAGUUUAUAAACGAUUUACUUUUCGCAACUGUAUUUUCGCAUGACGGUACGACAUAGGUAUUAAUACCAGAAAAAAACUUGGCGUAUCUUCGAGACGAGAUAGAAAAUGCGACAUAUAUUCAUCAUCUUCGUCUCACGUGAAUAUUUGAGUUCCACGUAUCUCUUUAUCAAGUUAAUGUCAUUGAUUUUUCAUUUAUUAAUUCAGAGUCGAAUGAACACUCGAAAUCACUCGUCUCUUUGCCAAAAGAUUAUGUAUAUAGUACGAGAUGAAUUUACGAUGAUGUUGGCGUUACGAGUGCGAGCCAAGUUACCUAUUUUACACAUGCUUGAUAAAAUCUUUCGCUCAAUAUUUUCAAUAUCUGUUGACUUGGCCGACCUGCAGGGUUUCUCAGUAAAAUAGAAUAUUGGAUGAAGAGAGUGGCUGGAGAAAUGAAUAGUCUGAGACUCAAAUUGAUUUCUACGAUCAAUGUAGGAAUAAAACGUGCGAUUGUACUCGUCUCUCAUCUUUUAUUAAUUAGCUGUAAUUCGUAUUAGAUGAACAUUCUUGUAUGUUGUAAUACAAAAACAAUUUUAGGUUGACGUGUGCGUUAAUUUGAUUUUAUUUUAUUUUAAGUUACUUAAAUUAUAGGGAUGCGCUGAUGGUUGCAGUAUUAAGAGUGUGAAGCCGACAGGUCCAUUGAUAAUUAAUCAUUCGAGGGGUGCAGUAGUCGAUAAGUAAUCGAACAAAUGCGUGAGUAUAAUUACCACGGCAAACCACAAAAGUUCAGAUGGUUGAAAUGUUCAAGGAACGAAAUAUUUGUAUAUAAAGAAGCAUGUAAAUAAGUAAAAUCAUGAGACAUAAACGCUGAAUUCCUUGGCUAUAGAAUACGAAUACAUCAGAAUAAUUUAUGUAUCAAUAAUAAAUAUAAUUGUAUUAUGACAUUAAAUUAGAA